UAAGAGUGCGGUAAUCUUGGAAGCACGCGAAUUCUGCUCAGGGGCGACAGGACGAAACGCCGGUCAUUGUAAACCUGAUCAAUGGCGAGGGUAUGGCAAGUCCGAAAAAGUGUGUGACUAAGAGCAGGCUAUCAAGAUCUUGAACGACGAGGCGGACACCUGGAAUGCGCUUGUCGCCUAUGUUCGAGAAAACAACGUAGACUGCGAUCUUUGGGUUGGCGACACGUUAGGCGUACCGGUUGAUGAUAAAGUCGCAAGACUGGCGAAAGAGAUAUUUGGAAGUUACAGAGAAGCCGGAGGUACCACCACGAGCGGUUAGCGGCUCUUGAGCCAUUCGCAAUUCUUACGGCGUUUCUACGUCCGGAUGGAGCUCUUUUCAGUAUCAAUCCUCGUUGCACCGCCGAUGGCAAUGUCAUGUUCGGCAGCUCUAAUCCUGGACAGCAAGUACUUGACGACUGGGUUGAAGCAUCCCAAGAAUUGCAUUAAUGACGGACUCAAAUAUCGAAGGCGUGAUUCGAUGUAUCAAGAACUUUGUCAACGACAGCUUCGAGGGGUGGGUGAGACUGAGUAUGGACCAGGAGAGGGCAUUGAGUACAGCUGGAGUGGUAUCAUAAGUUUGAGUGACGAUGGCGUCCUUUCCGUAGGAGAAUUACCUGGCAAGGCCACCCAGUGGAUGUGCUGGACAUCACGGACAGCAAGUCAAUCAACUUCCUUUAAUAUGCGCAUUUGAGCUGACAUCCGACAGCAGAAUGGCACGUAUCUUUACUGCAGCACCCGGCCUUGUGAAGCUAAUGAGUGGCGAGUCUUGGAAUGCAGUGGGCCUACCAGAUGUGUACCAAAUCACUGCGAGCCGUCUGGAAAGGCUGAAGAGC